AAUAUACUGUCAUGGGCUGGAACUCACAAGCAGAUUUGAUAGAUGUAUUAGUUUCAGUUCAGUAAUAAAAUAUAAUUAGAUAACAAACACAAGACAGAGGAAAUAAAAAUGUUUGGAAGUGAAGGCUCCUCCUCAGUUGUCAAUAUUAUAAAAUAGAUCAAUAAACAUCAAUGAAGUUUUGACUGAAAUUCUGUGUUUACAUCCUUUUAGCUAUUGUAACUCUAACAAUUCAUGCAAUAAACAUAAUUCCAAUGGAUUCUGAAGUGGAGAGAAGCAGUCUUUUGCUGAUAUACAACACUUUGCAGUAGUUAAGUGUUUUCACAAUCAGUGUAAAUGUGCUGAUUUUUUUGUGGAGAAAUGUGACUUUGCACUUUUAUACAGCACUUUAAAUUUAGAGAUGUGUUGCAUAGUGGUGCAAAGCUGAUACGAAAAUCUGCUUUUUUCUGUGUCAGAAUCACCUGACUCGCGUUGAACGCAUAAACGGUCAGACUUAUGGUAUGUCAAAGAGCAUGUGUUAUUCAGGUGUCAGUGGCAACAUCUCCAGUUUAUAAAGGGUAAAUCUGAGUUGUUAAUAUGGGAGUAAAUGGAGAAUCGCUAGAGAUAAAGAUAUAUAUAUUUUUUUAAUCUGCCGUGAUUGGGUUAGAUGCCAACUAGGACCGAAAGAUGGGACUAGACCUGAUUGUCACUGAAGAGGACACCAGUCUAAGGCGUACAGGACAUAGCGACCUAUACUGAUUUGUUUGUGUUCCCCUAGUUACCACAAGAUAAAAACUGGAACUGUGAACCAACAAAAAGAUGAGCAGCUCCCUGCAUUGAUGUUGAGGACAGCAGUGCAGAGGGCUGCAGCCAUGGAAGACUUCACAAGGCCUGAAGACGCUGUGAAAAAUGGCAGCAUUUCCGUCACAGAGGAGGAAAAGGACAAGGUGAAGGACCUGAUGUUCAAGCAUCUGAGGGAGGCAGCAGACGGGCAGCUCUUCAGUAACGGUGAAGACUCCAUAACGGAGCAUGGGGCCCCCUCGAAGACUGACAGACCAACCCUAAAAGCCCACUGUAGGAUCCAGCAGGGCGCCGUCUUCUCCGGGAAGAUCCUAAGCUUCGGUUGCUCUGUGUGUAAAGACAGUUGCACCUACAGUCCCAACGAUCUGCUGAAACAUUUCCGAGCCGCUCAUAAAGGAACUCUUCCCACUUACCCAUGUGACCUGUGUGAUUUUGUAACCAAUGAGUUCCCUGCUCUUCAGCGCCACCGCAUGGAGCACAGGAACACGCUGGUGACCUGUGAGCUUUGCAAUGACAAUACUCAGUACUCUCUGCUGUUGAUUACCAGGCACUACAUGAUGAGCCACAGUACCAACGGACAGUUCAAAUGUGACUGGUGUGAGUUUAGGACCAGUGACGCGGGGACGUUUGUCCAGCACAUCCAUCGUCACAAUGAGAGUCACUGGAAAUGUUCAAAAUGCAGACAUAUCAGCUUGAAUGAAGAAGACCACCAGAGUCAUAUGAAAGCUCACUCGGAUAAGUUCCCCUUCACUUGUCAAGUCUGUGGCUUCGGUGCAACCAGCAGUGAGUAUCUCAGAAAACACAGAGCAAGUGUUCAUAAAGACAUGAGCGAGACAAAGAACACAUGGAAAAUGGCAGAAGAUACACCAGCAAACUUCUCUUCAAAUGCCAAGCAGAUUUAUAAGAAGAGCUGUGAGUCACUGGAGACUCAGAGGAUUUUUAAACCCAGCUGUGUGUCGGGGAGUGUCCAAAGCCAAAACAGUAGACCAGUCAAACCAGAUCUACCUGUGAACGAGGCUCUUCACUGUUCAGAGGGAUCUCCUGCAAAGAAGGACCACAGAGUCAGGAGCAGAAGUCCUCAGAGUACAGAGCAGUCGGCGUCAGUGGAGUUAGAAGAUUGUGAAAACAGUGAAGCAGGAAGUCACACAAAUGCUAACGGACUCACGGUUCUCAUGGUGAAGAAUAAAAUCUCCCUUCCUCCUCACUGCACCACCAAAGUGAUGGGCUUUAAAGUGGUUGAUGGCAAAAAACACUUGGUUCUUAAAGUAAUACCGUCAGCGAAGCAAGAUAAGUCCAACUGUUUAGUCAGUGAUGUUUCAUUACCAAAGCCUGUUUUGGACAGAGGUAAAGUCAGUGAGAAGAAGGAAUACUCUGACUCUAGCUCAGCUGUUUCACCAAGAACUAGUUCCUGCGGGUCAGGAGUUAAUCAGGGUGAUAUCAUGGCAAUAAAAGUGAAAAUUGAGGAAGAGGAGACCUCAGUUUGCAGCAUUAAUGUGGGUGACCAAACAAACGCUUUACACAGCAGCUCCACAACCUGUGCAGAUACAAUGAGCUCGAAAGAUUUAUGUCAUAUUUGCAACCAAAUGCACCUAAAUGAAGCUAGCUGCAAUGAGGAGAGGAAUAGCCUGUCCUCAGACUGUUGUAUUUCCACUGCAGCUAGACAAAUUAGUUCUGAAGUAAGCAAUACUAGCCUGGUUAAUAAAGUCAACAAUCCUUCAAAUGUUCAGAAAGCUAAAAAUCUUAGUUUAGGGUUAAGAAAAUCUGAAGAGAACUGUGGAGCUGUAAAUCUGUCAUCACCAGCUGAUCAAACUAUAGACACUCCAGAAAAGAACGGUCAGCAAAAUGUUGACGAUCUAGACGCUUCAGUACCGUGGUCGCAACAAACCUCUUUGCUCAGCAAUGGAGAAUGUGCUGCAGGAACAGGGAAGACUACUCAGAAUACACCAAACCAGGAAGUAUUUAGCUUUCACAACUACUCCAAGGAAACAUUCAGUGCAUCACCUAGAUCUGCCCAAGACCUGGACUGCAAUCACAGCAUAUCGGAUGACUGUGAAAGCACAUGCGAACCACCGCAGUUCAGCUUGACAUUGGCAGAAACUCCUGAGCAUCUCUCAGAAAGUUUAGAUCGAGACAUAGAAGUGGAUGAAUGUGUAGCCAGUGUUGAUGAGCAACUGACUGAGGACCAUCCAGAUUCUGUGCUCCAGAACUUCAACAUCGUCAAAGUAGAGGAAGACAUCGUUCCUAUUUCUGCAACACAGUUGGAGUCACAGAGCUGUUCGACUGUUGUGGGCUGUUUUGUGGAAGAACACUCGGAUGCAAUUAUCAGGCAGCAGCUUCACAGGGAAAAAAGAGGACCUUCCAGAACCAGCAAUGACCCAACCAAACAAGCUACAACUCUACGGAUUCUUCAGCUUCCUGAAGGAAAGCAGCCGGUCCUCCUGAGAGCUGCAGAGAAUCAGUUUGCUAUGCCUGUUAAGGUCAACUCCUCCACAGGUUUUAAACUUUUAACAAACUCUACAAAUCCCCAGAUCAACGUGUCCUACAUAAAGCCAGGGAUGAACAAGUCGAACAAGCCACAGCCUGAUGAAAAUAGGACCACUCUGGUCUCAGCUCUGCAGCAAUCAACAAACCCCGCCCAGAACCACUACCUUAUAAAAAGGCCAGGGUUUAAGGGUCCGGUGCUCGUUCCCAGUUCACCUAACACUCCACCCAAAGCUAAAAUGGCAAAAACACAACCAACUUGCUAUUUGGUGCAAAGAUCAGUCCCAGUCCAGAGCCCUGAUGGUCCUGUUCUCAAAAUGGCUUCGACUCCAGCAAACUCACGUCCAGUCCUGGCGGUGCCGGUGAGCCCUGCAGAGAAGCCCAGCGGUCGGCAGGCUUUUCUGCUGAGAUACAUUUCUCCCAAAUCAGGCCUUUGUCUGAACAACCAGGAGACAAAAACCGGAAGCAUUUCUAGCCAAACAGGUGAAAACUCGGGAAACAAAGUUAUAUUUAAAAUUGUCUCACCUUCGGGCAGCCUUCUCACAAGUGGUCCCCCCACAUCAAGCAGCCAGCCUUUGUUUCUUGCCACUAGACCUCAAACCCAGUGUUUCCUAGUGUCAUCGAAUAAAGUGAACACAUCUUCUUAUAGUGGAGCAAAGAAGCUGAUUGGUUUACAGAACUCUGCACAGAAAGAUGUUAAAAAAUCUGAGACUUCACCAUCUCAGAUCCAUCCACAGGCCCAACGGUGUGAGGCGGAGAAACUAGCGUUAGCUCCACGAUCCAUCAGACCUCCAAGCCAAAGGAAAAGAUGCAGGAAAUCAUUAUUUGAUGAGCCUGCAACAAUGGCGCACAAAGCCAGAAGACUGUCCAACAAAUUGCAGACUGAGAAAGACACUCCUGCUUUAUGGACACCUGCUGCCAAAGAAGUAGAAAGGACACUGAAGCUCUCCCCUUUCAGCUCAGUGCAGCAGGUCAAAUGCCCCCGCCGUUACCAGCCUGUGGUGGUGCUCAACCACCCAGAUGCUGACAUUCCCGAGGUUGCCAACAUCAUGAAGGUCGUGAAUCGGUACAGGGGUGCCGUCACAAAGGUUUCUUUGUGUCCAAAAACACUUCAAGCACUUUCUGAUCUUGGCGAGAACUCCACCUCGUCUAACGAGGAGAGUCUGAGACCCAGAGCGGCUCAGAGUUCUGUCCGAGAGCGAUUUCUUCUUAAAAUGAAACUCAGGAGAAAAAACAAAAAGAAAUAUGAGGUGGUUAAGCCAUCGUCUGGUUGUAGACAGGGGACAGCACUGUUUGACUGCUGGUUUUGUGGGCGAAUCUUCACAAACCAGGAGGACUGGAUUGGUCAUGGUCAGAGACACUUGAUGGAGGCCACCAGAGACUGGAACAAGCUGUUCUGACCUUCCACUACCUUUCCAUCUGAACAUGUAAAUGCAUAUGAUGUUUUAUCUUUUGGUAGGUGUGUACUCUGGUCCCUGUGCACGCGUCAGGUUAAACUGUGAAUAUGCUACACUGAAGCUAAGAGCAACAGAUGACUGGAAGGGAACAAUAAAAGCAGAGUGUUUAUGCAGAGUGGAAUCAAGAUUUCCUCAGGUAAUUUAUAUUAAACUACUUUCUCUCAUGCUUUAGUUUAAGUGAUUUUUUUUUUUUGUACAUUUUCCUGUCCUGCACAUUGGGGCAGGAGCUAAAUAUUUGUACAGCUAACUGUAAAAACAGAAAUCCAAAUGUAACUGUCCUGGUUCAAGUGAAUCUUUCUGUCUAAACCCUGAUUAAAAGGUGGUAUAAUUUCACACUA